GGAGCGGCCGCUAAGGGAGGUGAUGGGGCGGGGCUAGGCGGGAGCGCUGGACGGGCGGGGACGCUGCCCUGGUGGAGCGUGGGUGGGGCCUGGCGCCCUCCCCACCCCCACGAGGGCCGCGGCCGUGGGGCGCUGGUAGCUCUCCCGCCCUUCCGCCCUGCACCCCUCCCGCCCUGGGGCUCCUUCUUGGACUGCGGCUGCAGCCUUCUCUCCCCGGAGGGCUCAGAGUUCGUCCCCUUUUCGCGGUUGGGAACGUGGACACGCCGGAGCCUGGAUGCAGAAGGGCACGCGGAAGCAUGAAGCUGCUGCGCGAGCCGCAGCCCAGAGUCCAGGCCGCACCACUCUGCUGAUCCUAAGGACUACGGAAACCCUGCGCGCCGACGGUGGCCUGGGAGUUGGCGCGGGCCUCAGCGCUAGAAAACGAAUCCCACUCCCAGAAAGGCGGGCCGCACAUCCCGCUUCUGCCUCCUGGAGAAUUAGUUCGGCGGAGUCCGUGGCCGGGGAGGGAGGGAGAGUCAGGCCUUGGGGCGACUAAUCGGGUAGGGAGUAGCUUCUGGGGCGCUCCCUUGCCUACGGAAGGCCGGCGAGGCUGCCCUCAGAGCGCCGCCAGGAUCCGGCUUGGAGCCAGUCCCCGUGGAAAUGCGCGUCGCUUUAUUCUAAGGCCCACGAAAUUUACCCCGGACGCGGGAAACCCGGGCUUGGCUCCUGCUGCUCUCCGGGUGUCCAGGAACGAAUCCCUCCGGGAUCCGGGAACUCCAGAUUUGCGGGUUUGCUGCAGCUGAGCCAGAAGUGUCCCCACUGGCUUACCCGAUAGUGAGAUGUUACACGGUGUCGGCUGAGUGUGGCUUUGUGAGAAGAUCGUUUCAGAAGAGGAAACGAGCCUCUGGCUGGUGGGGUAGAAACCCCUGUGGAAUGAAAAGUACUCCCAAGUCUCUUUGCGGAAGAUUGCAAAGUAAGUUUGGGUGAGGAAGAAUGUGACUUUCCGAGUCGGGUAGAGCACGGAUCCCACGAUGGAGAGAAGGUCCCGGCGGGGGGAAGGCCCCUCUUUCUAGGACAAAGCGAUCCUUAAUUGUGGCCAGAGUCCCGGGCGAAUUCGCUGCGCGCGUCUGUCUGCCCGCGCGGCGCUUGGUGGGUAGUCCCGCUUCCACCAAAACUCUGUAUUUCGUUUCUCUCAAAAUAAAACUCAACAAGCCAUAAAGCUUCCGACGCCGGUGGAGAAGGCGCCGCGGAUUUAUGGCCCCCGAAUUCCCCACUCUCUAAUUAUCCUUGUGUUUACUUGACUUAUGGGUAGUGACCAAUAAAAUCAUUUUCCAUUUUGGAUUUUUUUUUUCUCUUUCUCGCUAACAUGAAAAAUUCAAGUUGCGCCCUUCUUUCACCCGCUUGGGCAGAUAUUUUUUUCUGAACCGGAGUAGGGGUGGGGAUAAAAGAAAUCCUACCUCCAUCUUCUGCCUCUGCCAAGGGCUGACGUGCCCCCCCCCAACUCCCGGAUUAAUUGCAUUUAGGGGAGAGCUGCCCCCACCCCUUCUUGAACCACUCUGGGGCCUUUCCGCGGACCUUUCCCUAGAAACCCCGCUGGGCUCGGGCUCUGAACAGCACCGGAGGACUGCAUCGCCCACCCAGGCCCUGCUGUGGGUCUCCCGUGGCCUCAGCUCCUGUCCGGUCACCUCCCUCAGCCUCCCGGAACGUUCACGGGAGCACGAGCCUUUGAGCUUUUUAGGGGCUCCAACCUUAUGUGGGGAUCCCCCAACCGCCGAUGCCUGCCUCCCCAUCCCCCAUCCUCAUCCCUUUGUUCGCCUCUCCGGACACUGGGUUGAAGGCAGGAAAAAAAAUAAUUAGAUGGAAAUCAAAGAUUAGACGGGGUGCGCUGGCCGCCUGGGCGAAGCCGGCCCAACACUCCGCCGGCGCCUCAUAAAUCUUUUUCGCAGGCCUGACAAAAGCCACGUCCGCCAGUUCCCUGGGAAUCUAGAAACUUAUCGAUCUCCUCGACGUCCCCAGACACCCCUCCUUGAGAUCGAGGACGGAGAGUCCUUGGUGACCCCCCACUUAUGUCCAGCCCAGGACGUCCCAGCCCAAUCCCGGAGUUAAUUAAUUUUCAGAAAUGGAAGAAGGUGUCAGAAGGGGAGAGACCGACCUAGGCCCAACCCCCUCCCAGAAAGGUCGGCAAAUACCCCCAACCGUUUGUAAAACCAAAGAAAUGUUAGGGUGCUGCGUUUCCCUUGCUCCAACCGCCUGGAAGGAUGUGUUCUGAGAAGGGUGAGGGGCAGCUUAACCCCUCGUUGGCGACUCCUUUGUCUGGUCCAGCCAUUCCUGGAAUCAGCGGGGCGCCUGGGACUGGGGCGCAGAAGCCAGGCUCCUAGGCGCCUGUCCUGCAGGUGUGUGGCGCGCUGCUGUUGUGGGUUCAAGCCACGAGUGUGUGCGGUCCACGUGCGAUCCACCCGGGAUUGCACCGGAGAGCCCUCCGCCGGAACAGGAGAGAACUUACAGAGUCUUCGUUCAUUUCAAGUUUUUAAAAACUUGAAUUAAGGUGUGUGUGGGGGGGGGGAGGGGGGGGGAGUAGAAUGCUUCCCGACGUGAAUGGAGGUGUCUUAAAAAUUAUAUCCCAUUGUUGAACCAGUUGUUUCCGACCUUGGGUAUUAAAGAAAUGUUGCCACAUUUAAUUUUGGUUGCCAUGAGAUAGAGAGGGGAGCCCAACAUUUUGAAGUAAUUUGAUAAGCCUUCAAGUAGCAAAUCCGAAAGGGAGGCUGGCGGCCCAGGUAUAGUUUCUUUAUAACCUGAAUUUACAAUGAAAGCAUUCUCCUUUAUGGAUAUAAUAGAUUAGAUUUCACAACUUAAUUCUCUGCAAUGGCUCCGUUUAAGGGAGCUCCGGCUGAUUUUAUUACGCCAAGCCAAAUUGGAUGCUUGUGGUCUUAACGAAAAGUGAUUGUGACAUAAAAUAUAUAUAAUUUUAAAGUAAAAAACCAACGGGUUCGACCCUGUCCCCUCCCGCCCCCCUCCACCUUUCUCCUAACCCCUGCUCCUUGUUUCCCAGUUUGGGAAAUAGGGAAUCAUGGGUGUUGGUUGGUUUUUGCCUGGAAGAUAGGCGACCCCGGCGGUGGCUUGGCGGCCUGGAGGGCCAGGCCAGACCCUUCCAAUCUGGUAGUCGAGAAUAUGAAUACUCCUAACACAGGCCAGGGAAUCUCCGGGUAAUCUUCUGCCCAUGCUGGUGACUUCAAGGCCUCCUCAGGCUGGCACAGAGCACCAGGAAGCAUGCUCAGAGCCGCACCGCGCGCGCUGUCUCAGGGAGUCUUCUCUCCAGUCUAUGUGGAGUGAAGCGCCUCUACUCCCAAGGCCACCAUCAAGGCUCUGUAUACAGGCGGCGGUGCCCAGAGUUGCCCAGACCACUCCAUGUGCCCCACCCGAGCUCUAUUCAGCAAGUGUGGUCGGUGGGGACUGGUCGGCGACGCAAGGAGCUCUCUAACCCAGCCAUCCCGCCCCUGAGCGCCGGGAGCCAACCCUACAAGCCGCGGCCGACAAGGACAAGGGUCUUUGGGCUCCAGCCGACCUGGCCUGCCAGCGCCUGCGGUCCACUCUGCCGUCACUUCUGAUUAAGGUCGGGCUAGGUUCUCCUGACAGCGCCCCUCAUUUCAGAGUGCAUUGUUGGAGACUGAUUUAGCCCCCCAGAAGCUCGGGGCAGCCAGCAGCCCGAGUGAGGUCCGCUUAUGGCCCCAGGCGACUGCGGGCAGGCCCCAGACUCCCUGCUGAGACGUCUAGAGCUAGGUCUGGUUUGCUGGACUCUCGGUGGAGUCAGAGACAGCCUGGGUGCCCCCGGGUUCCCACAGGCCUCGACCCCCGCGCUCCAAGGACGCGUGCGUGCUGGUGCGUGGCCCGAAGGCUGCGGGGGCGCACCUUAAAUUAAAUCUUUGCAGCGCCUGACCUUGUUUUUUCCUGGGGCGAUAACGGCAGCAGCUGUUUUUUCCAGAAUUCCUGCUGCCGGGGGAGGAGCGUUAGUAUUAUUAUUAUUUGGGGUUGUCACUGCCUCCUGGAAACGUUCCAUGGUAUCGGAAAGUGCAACAAUAGCCAAGCUUAUUUCUAGAGGAAGCCCCCUCCCCUGCUUACUCCAGAGACCACAGUAUCCUCUGACUGAAGUUGGAGCCACCCCUACCCGGAUCAGUCUGUUCCUUGGCCUUCGGACCCCAGUCAGGGUCCUAAGUCCACCUUGCCCCACUCGGCCUGCUGGCCUCUGGCCACUCUCAGGCAAAGCUCUUGGUAGGGAAAACGGGUUAAAGUUAGCUGUGUCUCCAGAAUCGGCGGGGGCAUCCUAACCUAUGCCUGCCUACGGAGUAGGCCCUGCUCCAGCCCUCCUUUAAGAUAUUUGUUUCCAGCCUAGGGGGGCUGCCUAGAACUGAGAAGAGCUGGCCCUGUUUGUUUCAGGGGUCAGGGUUAGCCCUGAAGCAGUUAAAGAUUAAGAGGCCUGGGGGAGGGGAAGAGGGCCUUCAAGAGACUCUGGCUCAGUUUUUGUCCUUCUUAGGGCCCCUCCCUGAGAAGCCUGGCCUCUGCCUACAGUUCACCAAUGUCACCGCUCCUACCCUCAUUUGCAGUGUUGAGCAGUGGGCCCUUGUCUGUUGAGGGAGACUGGCGGCCCUGGUUACUGACCACAGUCGGAAUACCCAGCCUCUGGCUCAGUGCAGCCUUGGAAACUCCAGGGUGUCCAUAGUGUGGAAAGAAGAGGCCUUGGUCCUCCUGGCUACUCCCCGAGUGGGACAAGGGGCCCAGGAAAGCCUGACUAGCUAGGGGAUUGACUAGCCUUCUGGGUAGGGAGUGUGUGUGCCGGGCUGAGGAGCAGUUCUCACUGCCAAGCCCAGUCCUCCAUCUCUGCCUUCUUUCCCGCAAAGUCCUGUGUGGUCAGGAAGGGGAGGCCAUUCUCCCCUAGUGACAGAGUCCUCUCUGUGUCCCAAGUCCCCAGAAUUCCUUUGACCUGACCCUUGGUCUGUAUGCCUGCAGAAUCACCAGCAGCAGGCAUC